AUGAAUCAAGAGAGCGAUAAAUUACCUUGGCAAAUUCGAUUAGAAGAGAAACAGAGAAGACACUUAGCGAGUUUGACUAAUAAUAUUAAUUAUAAUCCUUUAAUAACUCAGCAGUCUGAUAAAGCUGAUACGAUCGAGGACAGUGAUGUGCAACGUAUAUCCCUUAUCUCACAGGUUCAGGACCUUUUCCCUGAUCUAGGUGAAGGGUUCAUAGAAGAAUGUUUGAUAGCUUUUGAUAACAAUAUAGAGACAGUUAUUAAUCGGUUAUUGGAAGAUUCUUUACCGGAUCAUUUAAAAGAAUUGGAUCGUUCAAUGGCUCGUCUUGCUGUAUCAGUUGCCAAUGAUAGCGUGAACGGUCCAAAAGUAGAAGAAAGCCUUUUAGCUCAACGUCGAAAUAUUUUUGACAAUGAUGAAUUUGACGUAUUUUCUGGUAAAAACAUUGACUUUACACGUGUCAAUAAAGGAAAGAAGAAUGGUCUGAAAAUGGGAGGCAUCGACCUUCGUAUGAUCGAUGAAAUUGAUGAAGAGGCAGAAAUUAGGAAUACAUCAAGAGGAAAGGUUGAUCCUGGUAUUGCAUAUGAAAGUGAACUUAUUAAGGCAUUCCAAUCAGAUCAAUCCGUUUUUGAGAGAACUAAUGCAGUAAGGAAAUCAGAUAAACGAGCUAGACUGAGGAAUAUCACACAAAUGACUGAUGAACAACUUGAAGGAUGGUACAUCAUGUUUCAAAGAAACCCAAGGAAAGAUAAAAUUCUUGAGAAAUAUGAAUUCAAAGGUAACCGUGAAGAAGCAUCAUCUUCUGCAUCAGAAAAAGAAACUAAUUCAUCUGGAGAUUCAUUGUCACGUCCUGGACGAGGAGAGUCCUAUGUACGAGAUAAGAAUAAUAGGGAUAAUUAUAAUGGAGAAUCAUCGCAAACAAGGCAUACAGCUACGGAGACAACAGCACCUACGGCACGCGGUCGAGGCAGAGGAAAACACCAAAAAAAGCAUAAUAGAAAGAAUGCUCAUUCAAGGAAAAUGGGAAGAGGGUUUGGGGCUAUUCAAGAUUAA